AUGUCUAAGAAGGAUUUGCAGAUCAACAGCGUCGCAGGCGAGGCGAAGUCCUCUUCGGGCGGGCCAUGCGACGAGCAGUCGCGCAUGGGCCGCUUCGGGUGGGCAAAGGUCGGUAAGGUCUACCUUCCGUACAUCUACCGGCAGACAUCUACCGGGAGUGAGAAGUACUUCUCGGCGCGCAUGUUCGAGCUGAAGCUCGGCACUUACCUCAACUACUUCCAGCCGGAAAUAUACGCGAGUUGCGUGUACAUGCCCAGCUACUACAUCACAGACGCGGAGGCGCGUCUGUUCAACGAGGUAAACGCCAAGCACUGUGACGGCCAGUUCGGGUGCGACAAAUUCAAGAAAAAGGAUCUGGUGGUGCGGCUUGGCGAUGCCUUCAGCCUUCAACAAUUCCUGAACGCCUGCUAUCGGAAGCUGAAGACCGGCAGCAGCAAGUCCUCGGAUAAAUUUGGCUUCAUCCGGAUUAACAAGGAGUCCGUCAUCCCGUACACGGUGCACAACAAAGAGAGGGUGCUGCCACUCUUUUACUUUCGGAUCGAGACGGAGAACCUGGAGACCAAGACGGUGCUGCUCAAUGGCUGGGACCUGGCCUACCUAAAGUUCUGCUGCAAGGUCCAGGGCGUGGCCAACGAGUACUACUCCGGCCAGAACGUGGCCGUCAUGUCGCUGACGGACAUCAAGAGCGGCUUUCCCAAUGGCACCGAGUUCGAGGACUAUUGGCCCAGCGAGUACGUCGACAACAGCCUGCUCAUUGGCAAUCGGGCCAACGUUAAGGUUAACUUCGUCAAAUGGAAUACCCCAACGCCGUUGGUCCGCUCCGCAGCCGACCAGAAUGCCAAUCUCAUGUCUCUGGCAGACUACCAGAAGCAGCAGCGCGUGGCGGCUGUGGCCGCUCUUCAUACCCAGCCAGCUAAGCGGACACGAUGGGAUUAA